AUGAAUGAACUCAAAUCAAAAUUGAUUGAUGAAAUUCAUAGAUAUAGUAGCUACAAUGUUAAAGGUGAGAUCAAAAGACUUAUUACAUCGUUUAUAAACCAAUUAAAUCAAAAUCAAAUUCGAUUACCAAUUCAUCAACACGAUUCUCCUCUUUUCAAGAUCCUAAAUACGAUGUCAUCAGAUGCAAAUUUUCUGAAAACACAAGAAUCUUAUAUUACUCUUUUGUGCAAUUUAAUAUCAAAUGAUUUUUUCACUGGAAAAUGCAAGUCGAAUGCGCUAAUUGCCUUAGAAACAGCAUGCCUUCGCUCAUCACAAAAUAAUGGAUUGAAAAUAAUCCAGUUUUCUGCAACAAUCCUCCCAACUCUUGCAUUUGAUCCAGAUUGUGUAGCAGCAUUAUUUUCAAUUUCAUUAUCAAUGAUAUUACAUACCAUUCCAAUAGUUUCAACAACUGCAUUUGCAACAUCUCAACAAAUGGUAUCAAUAAUUUUCGAUUUAUACUAUAAUAAAGACAAUAAAAUACCCAACGAUGUAUUGAAAACAUUAAAUACACUCGUUCCAGCAGAAUUUACUCAUCCAAUGCUUAAAAUUUCAUUUUUAUUGUUAAAUGAUAUUUGUAAUCUCUUAGAAGGCCAAGAAUCGAAAUGGAUACGCGUUAAAGGUCUCUCUGAAGGCGUUUUAGUCUCAUUAUGGAAUAUUAUUAUUUCAUCCCAUUAUAAUUUCAUUAUUUCUGAAAAACCACUUCUCGAAUUAGUCGAAAGGUCAGUUCCAAUACCAAUCAAAUCAUUUUCAAAGCUUCCUCUUUACGUUUCUUUUAUGUCAAAAUAUUAUAAAGAAAAUCCAGAAAAAACCAUUGAAAUGUUCAACUAUUUCGAAUCCACAGUUGAUACAGACAAGAAUUAUCUCUAUUUCUUCAGAUCUGUCUUCUUAUCUUCGAAGAAUUAUUCAUCAGAUUUUACAAAAUCGAUUGACAACAAUAUUUCGAUGACAAACAGACUUCUUAACAAGUUACUGAUCAUUCCAUCAUCACAGAUAUCUCCUACAAUACUGAAUUUCUCAUUAAAUCAAACAAAAGAAAUGAAACAACAAAAUUUCGAAUUAAUUUCAUCAAUAGAAAUUGCUCUUUCUUUUAUUUUAUUUGGGAACCCAUAUUUCAUUAGUUAUAAUCGCAAAGAACUCAUGUUAUUCAUUGUUUAUUGUUUGAGAUACUCCAAUCUUGAUUUUGCUUUGUUUUGUUUCGAAGGAAUUGCGAAAUUUUUAAAUGUUUUGCACGAAAACAAGAAUGAAGAAGAAAGGCUCGAAUUAAUAAGAAUCAUUACGAAUUUCGUGGCUAAACAGAGAGUAUUAAGAGAGAAUGCAAUGCCUGCUGAAUGUUUAUCAUGUGAUUUAUUACAUACACAAAAGAAAGGAUUCUUUUUCAAACAAAAAAGAAUUUUGGGAUUCAAAAUGUUGAUUGCACUUUUUAACAAUAAAAUCAGCAUUUUCGAGAGAUGUUAUACAAGGUUGUUCUUCGCUUUGUCAUCAUUCCCUAGAAACAAGGAAAUGGAAAUAGAAACAACGAAGAAAAUCGAAACAAAAGAACUCAGAAAAAUUAUUUCUGUUUUGGGAAAAAAUGACAUGUUUUUCAUCGAUCUUUUACAAAAUAUUUUGAUACAAAACAACGAUAGAAUUGAACAAGUCUGGUCGAAUGAAAUUUUCGACAUUCCAAACCAAAAAUCUGUUAAAUAUUCUGACUCAAAAACAACAAUUGUUAUGUCAGAAAUGCCGCCAAGAUCCAUAUCUCCAAAACAAGGUAAAAACGAAGCAUUUUCUAAACAGAAAGGUAAGAAAAUACCAAAACCGCCGCCAUUGGAAAAUACAAAACAGUUUGAAGAAAUAAAAGUAAGAAAAGAAAGAAGAAAAAGUGACAGUAUUCAAAACGAUAGAGAAAACUUUUUACAAAGGAAAAGAAGUGAAUCAACAAAAACUGCUCCAACUAUGAGAUAUCAAAGAAGAAAAAGUGACGCGGCUAGUUCAUCUGUUUAUCCAGAAACAGAAAAUCAACAAUCUACAACUCACAAGACUGACAAUAUCAAAUCUGUUGUUAUAAACAUGAUUUUGAAAACAUUGGAAUCUUGUGACAACAAAAAUAGAUUGUUUACAAUCAAAACGGUUAUUUCGGUUUUGAUAUCCGAUAAUUUUAAUGAUUGUUCUGAAAUUUCGGAAUUAUUUAAACUGAUCAAUCGAAAGAUUUUGGCUCCACCGAUGCCGAGUGUUGAAGAAGAAGAAUUUUUGAUAAAAUUGUUUUUGCCGAAAUAUUGUCACGACAAAAAUUCAAUUAAUUCCUGUUUCGAAGGACUUUCUUUCGUCAUCAAAUCACUUCUUAAUUCCGUACCUGACAGAUUGCUUCCGCAAAUCAUUGAAUCUCUUUUCUUGUUCGUAGGACAGAGAAUUGACCAAAAUGUAUCUCUUAAAUCUUUCGAGCUUUUGUGGAUUUUGGCUCCAAGAGUCAAAAAGAAUGAAUCUUUGGUCAGUUCACUUGUAAGUCAAUGUUUUUAUUCUUUGGCUGAUGACAGAAAAGAAGUUGCUGAUAUAGCUGUUGAGAGCUGUUUCAGUUUAUUCAGUUCAAACGCUAAUGAAAUCAAUGAUGCAACAUUCGAAACAUUCAUGAACGGUUGUUUUAUUCCACUUUUAUCAUCUUCUUCUGAAUUUUCAAAUGCAGAAGUUUAUCAGAAAUUAUUUUGGAAUAUUUUGAAGUGCGUCAUUCAGUUUUAUGACAGAUUUACUAAUAUCAAAUCAUUUAAUGACGAAUUUUGGUUUUUACUAUUCGAAAAACAUUUGGAAUUCAUGAAAAAGUGUCAAAAAGGUGACAUCAGAGAGAAAUCAAUUGAUUUUUACAAGGAAUCUUUUAAUUUCCAAAAAUUUGACGAAGAAGUCUACAAAAACCUCCAAAAAACAUUCAAUGAAUUCGUCAAAACUGUUGCUGAUGAAGAAAUGAAUGAUAUUAACUUGAUGAAAACAAUUUGUGAUCAAUUUUGUCAGAUUUAUUCAUCAGCAAAAGUGACACAAACCGAAAUUUGGUUAUCAACGAUUUCUUUCAUUUGUCAGAGCAUUCCAAAUGAUUUUACUGACUUUUCUAUUCCUUCUUCUCUUUUCAAAUUAAUUUUGGAUGCAGUUAAUCCAGAAACCGUUUUGACAGUGUCACUUUUUGUUAAAGAAAUAAUUGUUAAUGCAAAAAGUGACAAAAUUAGAGAAAACGGUUUUGACAUAUUGAAAGAGAUCAUAGAGAAAACGAAUUGUGAGUUAAUCAUUACUUUAUCACAAGUUGUUAUUCCUGUAUUUGAAUUCGAACAAAGUUUCGAAAUCACGAAAAUUAUUUUUGAAAAAAUCUCUGCGAAAAACAAUUAUACUCAGAGUGAAGCUGAUAAUUUGUUUAAUAUUAUUAGCCACUUCAUGUAUUGUGACAAAGAAACAGUUCACCAGAAAAUCGUCGAUUUGUUUAGCUCAGUUUCUAACAGCAAAAAAGUGAAUUUUGUCAGAAUGUCAAAAGACGAUAAAGUAUUGAUGAAAUUAUGGUCGAUUUACUUCGAUCCUAAAGGAACUAAAUACGACAGGAAUAUGUUCGAUUUGUGCUUCACGAGUUUGUUUGAUAACUUGUUUAAUUUGGUCAGCAAUGACAUGAAAGAUGACCAAAGAUUGAUUGAUUUCUUAUCUUUCAUUGAGAAAGCAAAUGUUCCAAAGAUGAAAUUGGGAUUCAAGAAUGAUAGUACAACUUGGCAUCUGGUGAAUAUAUUAAGUUGGCUCUUCAAUCUCAUCGAUGAUGAGAGAAGUGAAGUUGCAAAGCUAUCUAAGGAAGUCAUUUCUCAUGUCACAGAUGACAUGGAUGGAAUUAUUAAGAAUUAA